AUGACGUCCACAGAGAGGUGGCCGGAGCAGGGUUUGGCACUGUUACAGUUCAUGUUGGUGUUGACUUUGUCUUGUGCUGAUGAGUCAGUGUGCAGACAGAUAGGAGAUCCUGAGAAUCCUCAGUUAUCUAAGGAUGGGGACAUUAUAAUAGGGGGAAUCUUCUCUUUCCAUGCCAGCUGGAAAAACCGACAAGAGACCUACAUGUACAAACCCCUGCCACUGGAAUGUGUCAGCUUGAAUUUCAGAGAGUUCCAGUUUGCCCAGGCUAUGCUUUUUGCCAUUGAUGAGAUUAAUAACAGCUCAGAUCUGCUGCCAGGAAUGUCUCUGGGCUAUAAGAUGUAUGAUACUUGCGGCUCCAUCGCCAGGAGUGUUAAAGUUUUACUGGCCUUGGUUAACGGUAAUGAAAUUGUGUCUGCACCCUCUGAGACACUGUGCACAAAAUCUGCACACGUACAGGCCAUAAUGGGAGAAACCUCUUCCUCUCCUAGCACGGCUAUAGCAACUGUCAUUGGACCAUUUUUUAUCCCACUGAUAAGUCACUUCGCCACAUGUGCUUGUCUCAGUGACAAAACUAAGUACCCAUCCUUCCUCAGAACAGUUCCCAGUGACUACUACCAGAGCAGAGCCCUGGCCCACUUGGUCAAGCACUUUGGCUGGACCUGGGUUGGAGCUAUUAGAACUAAUGAUGAUUAUGGGAAUAACGGCAUGGCUACGUUCAUAGAAGUUGCAGAGCAGCUUGGCAUCUGUCUGGAGUAUUCUGUAGCCUUCUUUAGAACAGAUCCAUCAGACAAAAUAGAAAAGAUAAUUGACAUUAUCAAAGCUUCAACCUCCAAGGUGAUCGUUGCAUUCCUUUCCCACAUGGAUAUGGAUGUGCUGAUACACGAGUUAUCUAAACACAACUUGACUGGAUACCAGUGGGUAGGCAGUGAAUCCUGGAUCUUUGAUUCUCAAACUGCAGAAAUGGAUAAGCAUCACAUCCUGGAUGGCGCCAUCGGCCUUUCCAUCCCCAAAGCGCAUGUUAGUGGUCUGAAAGAGUUCAUUUUGGAUGUGAAGCCGCUAAAUUCAUCAAGCAAUCAAAUGUUUACAAAGUUCUGGGAGGCAUUAUUUAGCUGCAAGUUUAAGCGGUCAGAAUCAUCAGGAGAGAAUCAAAGACAAUGUACUGGAGACGAAGACCUGACCGGAGUCCAUAACAGCUUCACUGAUAUGUCUCUCAUGCCUAUAUUCAAUAAUGUCUAUAAAGGAGUGUAUGCAGUGGCCCAUGCACUUCACACUAUUCUCAGAUGUAAUCAAACAUGCGACAAGACGGUUCAGAUGGAUCCUUUAACGAUUUUUCAGCACAUACGGCAGAUUCGCUUCAAAACAAAGGAGGGGGACGAGGUUUACUUUAAUGAAAAUGGAGAUCCCAUGGCAAAAUAUGAGAUUAUAAACUGGCAGCCAGGAGAAAAUGGCCUUGUGGAGUUUGUCACAGUUGGUCUGUAUGAUGCAUCGUUACCUGCAGAAAAACAGCUGAAUCUGAAUAAUUUAUCGAUUGUUUGGGCCACGAAUUCAGAGCAGGUGCCUGUGUCAGUUUGCAGUGAGAAGUGUCCCCCAGGAACACGCAAGGUUCUCCAGAAAGGAAAGCCUGUCUGCUGCUAUGACUGUAUAAGAUGUGCAGAGGGAGAAAUAAGCAACAUUACAGAUUCUAUCACCUGCGUGAGAUGCCCCCUUGAAUUCUGGUCAAAUGAGAGAAGAGAUGCCUGCAUAAAGAAGGAAGCAGUGUUUCUAUCGUAUCAAGAAAUUAUGGGAGCUCUGCUCACAACGGCAUCUUUAUUUGGAACAUGCAUGACUGCUAUUGUGGCAUUCGUUUUUUUCAAACACAGGAAAACUCCUAUUGUCAGGGCCAACAACUCAGAGCUGAGCUUCCUGCUGCUCUUGUCCUUGACUCUGUGUUUCCUGUGCUCUCUGACCUUCAUCGGCCGGCCCUCUGAGUGGUCCUGCAUGCUGAGACACACAGCGUUUGGCAUCACCUUUGUCCUCUGUAUCUCUUGUGUCUUAGGGAAAACAAUGGUGGUGUUAAUGGCCUUUAGGGCUACACUUCCAGGUAGUAAUGUGAUGAAAUGGUUUGGGCCUACACAGCAGAGACUCAGUGUUCUGGGUUUCACUCUUAUACAAGUUAUCAUAUGUGUCCUCUGGUUAUCAAUAUCUCCUCCUUUUCCAUUCAAGAAUUUUAAGCAGUUCAAGGAUAAAAUCAUCUUAGAGUGUGCUCUGGGCUCAGCUGUAGGUUUCUGGGCUGUCCUCGGGUACGUAGGACUUCUGGCCAUGUUGUGUUUUAUUUUUGCUUUUCUGGCUCGGAAACUUCCUGAUAACUUCAACGAGGCCAAAUUCAUCACCUUCAGCAUGCUGAUAUUCUGUGCAGUGUGGAUCACUUUCAUCCCAGCGUAUGUCAGCUCUCCUGGGAAGUUCAGCGUUGCUGUAGAAAUAUUUGCCAUCCUGGCCUCCAGCUUUGGACUGCUAGUUUGCAUUUUUUUCCCAAAGUGUUAUGUCAUCUUACUGAAACCAGAGAAAAAUACAAAGAAGAGUAUGAUGGGGAAGGGAGCACCAAAGUAA